UACCAACUGCUGUGGCCAUCUUUGGUGCUUAGUGCCAAGGAAGGAAAAGAUAAUUUCACUGUCAUUGAAAGGUUCUUCAUUCCAGGAUCCACUCUAAAGUUGGAGACCUGCACCAGGAGAAGCCUUUUAUUCCCUAAAUGGAAACCCUUGAGGAAAGAGCCACAGGAGGGGAACAUCGAACCUUGCUGUGCCAAGGUCCCGUGGAACUGAGAAGAGGCUGGAGAAGGAAGAAACAACACCUCUCCUUGUUCAGUGAUGUGCUGGUUGUGUCUAACAACCUGCGUGAGAGAAAGUUCAAGACCAAACAUGUCAUCCCGCUGAGUUAUCUGUGGAUGGGUGACUGUGUGGACAUAGUCGGGAGAGACAACAGCUCUGCUUGCAAGUCCAUUUUCCUGUCCUGGCCCGUGGGAAAUUUUGUGGCCACCUUUCGUUCUAUGGAACAGAAAGAUCGGUGGUAUUGUUUUCUUCAAAGAUCCAUUAAUGAAGCCACAAAGGGCUACAGGAAGCAUUUUAAACUCCCGAUAUUCACUGAGGACAUCCCAAACUGUGCCAGUGUAUGUGAAUAUAAAACAAAAAAUGAAGCUGCAAGUUCAUUACCAGAGAGUGACAGGCAGUUUGUAGAGCAAUGGAAAAAGGGGACAUAGG